AUGUCUUUACGAUCAGGUAGACAGUUAUCCCCUUCAGCAGCUACUGCGCCAGUUAUCAGUAAACAACGCAGAGAUUCUGCUAACACCAAGAAGAAAUCGUUGAGAAAAAAUAAUCGAGGCCGACAACCUACCCCAGAACCAGACGCCACUAACUUAGCAGAUAAUAUAAGAUCGGAAGUAGACACCACUAACUUGGCAGAUAAUACAAGAUCUAAAGAAUUCACAUCUAGUUUUCCAUCUCUCAAUAUUGACAAUAUGGAGCAAGAACUUGACAAAUGGACCGUUGUUGACCUUCGAAAAGAACUGGCAGAACGGAAGAAGAAUGCUUCUCGACACAAGAAUCAGGUGCCCACUGAAAUCAAUAACCUGGUGCAGCUCAUACGAUUGGAUCAUGAGAAGCGAAUGCUGAUGGCAGCAUUAAUUGGGGGUAUCAGUGAGACAAUGGUGUGGGAACUUACAAACGUUGGUCCAACAAGCGGGAAGUCAUCUUGCUGGACUCGCUUUCUGUCCUUUGGAAAGAAACCUUUGGCGAUUGAAAUGCCUCAUCGAAACAAUAAGGCGGGUUGGGCUAAACGAAACACGGACAUCCGUGACAUUUGGGACAACAUGACCAACGACGAGAAGAUGGUCUUCAGAACACCUUACUUUUUUGCACUGGCUAAACUUCCCGACUUGUCAUCACCCAGUGUAGCGGUAGAAGUAGGAGAUGUCGACCAGGAAAUCAAUGAGGAAGACAUAUCAGCUCAAGUCACUUCCCCUCACGUUAAUCAGCUGUCAGAAGAAGAAGAGCUCCUGUAUCGACCAAUCUUCGAUGAACUAGUGGAUGUCGAAAAAGUUCACUUUAACCACGGAAAGCCAGAAAAAAAUGUUUCAGUGGCCAGCCUUCAGCUUAAAUCAUUAGCUGCCUUUCGAGUUGCUCAUCAUAAUUUUGCAAUUGUAUGUCAGCGCUUUCAUAUUCACUACUACCUUACUGCACUCAGCUGCGAUAUUAGCGAUGGUUGGAAUGAAGUGUACUCAACGAACAAGACCUUUUCAGAAUGGGCCGACGAGAAGAUGGAAUUCAGUACAAAGUUUAAGUACUAUGUCCAUGGCAAAGUGGUGGCCAGCGAGAUCGAGAAGAAGGCUGCUCCACCUGUGGACGCACGAAGAGCCGAACUGACAAAGGCGUUGAACCAUUUGAUGCAAACCAGAUCCCGCAGGUGUCAUCAAAGCUCGAGGAUGGCCUAUUCGCCUGGUACAAACUCAACCCGGUAG